CGCCCUCCCCUCAUCUAGCUCCGACGAGAAACCAAGAAACACCAAGCAUGGCUUACCCGUCCGUAGCUCCACCCGCCGGCGGCAAGGCGGCGUCGGGCUGCAAGCCAUCCAAGCUCAGCUGCCUCUGCUCGCCGACCAACCACCCGGGCUCCUUCCGCUGCAGCCGCCACCGGACGCCCCGCGCGCGGCCACCGCCGUCCUCCUCCUUCGUCCGCGCCUCGCAGAAGCAGGCCGCGGCGCCGGGGAUGAUGAAGAGCGGCGGCGGCGGCGUCGCGGGAAGCAUCAGGGCGACGAGCAAGGGGCGGCCCGUCCUGCGCGCGCACCUGCACCUGCAGCGGCUGCUGGCCAGCCCGCCGCCGUCCUCCGGCGGCCGCUACCGCGAGUUCAAGCCCCGCCUGUCCAGGCUGGGCCGCCUCGCCGCCGCCAGCUUGUGACGCCGGCACCGGCCGGUUCCGCUGCCUCGCCAGCUUGUUACUCAUCACUGAUGCGCCUAUGAACUGGCAGCUAGCUAGGACUGGGUACUACUCUUGAGUCUUGAUCAAUGAUUUGUUAGUACGGUGAGUGAUUUGAUCACCGAUGGUGUAGUGUACUGAUUCUAAGACUGGGUACUACUUUUGAUCAAUGUUUCGUUAGUACUACCGAUUCUGAACAUGCCUCUUGUGAAUUUCCCCCCAAGAGUAAUGGAACAGACUAGUUUGUGCUAAUCCACCUUCUGACCUGAGUCUUUGUGCUGGUCUGAGGAUUUUACUGAUGGACGUGAAUGGUACAAUACAACAACCUCUA